AAUUGAAUUAUUCCUAAUUCAUGUUGUGAUGCACGCAUAACCUUGAGAACAUCUCACCUGCAAAGUGGCAACUCACCUCUAAAGUGAUGGAGUCGCCCGACGACAAUUACAUGCAGGCGAGGGCGGAGCGAAAGGCGCAGCUCACCCCUGCACACCACUAUGUGAUCAAUAUGCUGGCCAUCAGGUUGAACUUGGAGCCGGCUGUGGUCGAAGAGUUCAUUUUGGACUUCACUUCACUGGCUCCGUUUGAGGAUUUCUUCGCCAAAGGAGGAAGUGCGUCUCUUUCUUUUGUCUAUCAAGAGGCAAAACAUCCAGGAAAAGAGUGCGGACGCUCAUUUCUUAAGGCGGGGAAAGCGCUACGGCUCUCCUACGCCGAUUUAGCAGAGAUGUGCCUCACAGGCAUUUAUUGCUCUUUCACUCGGAUUCGAGUGAGCGUUGAUGUGACCUCAGACAACGUACAUCAGGAGAUCUUUUUUUCCACCUUUGACGCCCGGGAUGGCUGCUCAAAGGCAAUCAAGAACAGCUUCAACAAUCUGCUGCCCAGCUUCCAAGCCUUUCAGAACUACGCCGCCCUCGACAGGUCCAAGCGCGGGUUCAACGUCAAAGCCAGCUUCCAGCACAUCCUUAGGCACGCCGUCAGCAGUUUAGAGGGGAUCCAGAAGAGCUCCAAAAGUAUUAAACUGACUGAAGCGAAGAAUGUUGACGUCAAGAAAAUGGCGGCCAUUCAGGAUAUGAAAUCAGCAGCAGCCAACCUUGACACGGUUAAAGACCUGGAGAAGCUCUUGUUGCAGUGGUAUAAGGAGAUUGACCAGGUGCUGCUGGAGACUCUGGCGCUGAAGCACGGGCUCGUGACGGAUGGGCCACUGAGCGAGCUUGAGUACUGGAAGCAGACUUUUUUAAACUUCAAAUUCAUCCUCACUCACAUCAGCAGCUCAAAAUGCCGAGAAGUCAUAUCCGUGCUCCAAAUCUGUCGCUCCAAAGCACUGCAGAAAUGGCCCACGCUUGAGGCUCGGGUGACAGAUCUCUUCAACGAGGCAAAGGACAAUCUAAAGUUCCUGGACACCCUGGAAAAAGCAUGUCAGGCACUUUACACCAGCGACCCCGCCACCAUUGUGAAAAGCGUGCAGAACAUCAUCAACGCCGUUCAGAUGAUCCACACGGUGUCACGGUACUACCAUACCAGCGAGAAGAUAUCAGCCAUCUUCAUUAAAGUAACCAAUCAGAUGAUUACAGCCUGCAGACGCCACAUUUCCAACGACAGCUCAGCAAUAUGGGAGCAAGAUGGUAAAAAUGUUGUGAUAAAAAUACAGGAAUCCCUUUGUUUGUACCGGGAGUAUAAGUCUUGUUUGGCAAAAAUUAAAGAAAAAGCCAAACGGAGCCGUCAGAGGCCCUUUGUCUUUUCUGAGAUGCACGUGUUGAGGAAGUUUGAGGCCUUCUGCAAGCGUCUUGAAAGUAUCACCAAAAUAAUAACGGUGUUCAAGACGUUCGAAUGCCUGGCCAAGUCCAACAUCGAGGGCAUCGAGGUGCUGGCUGGUCAGUUCCGCAAGGCCUCCACAGACCUGAAGAACAAGCAGGCGGACGUCUUCGCCUCCCGGGUGUCGGCGUUCGAGGCCGACUGCGAAACGUUUAUGACACACGUACGCAACCUGGAGGAGCAGCUAAAGGCAUUCAUGAACAUGAGCUUCUCAAAAUUUGACUCAUCCCAGCAAGCUCUCGUCGUAAUACAGCGUUUUCAGAAACUCAACAUUCCCUGUCUGAAGGCGGAAAUGCCCAAGGCUUUGGGUUCCAUUCUACUGCUCUACGUCUCAGAAGUGGAGGCCGUGACAAAACUCUAUGAGAAGCAAAACGAGGACCCGCCGUUGGGCCGCAACAUGCCUCCUGUCUGUGGGAGACUUCGCUGGGCCCGGCACCUCUACAAGAAAAUACAUGAACCCAUAUCUUACAUACGUGAAAACUCUGACAUCCUGACCACCCCCGAAGGACGCGCUGUGGUGAAGUUGUACAAUCAAACCACAGCGGUGUUACAACGCUUUGAGGCAGACAUCCACAAAGCGUGGGUGACGGACGUGUCUAAGCUGGAUUUUGCCUUGAAUACGACAGUUUUGAUUCGCUGCACCGUGACAUCAAAAUACCUCGUCAACUACGACCCCAAAAUAAGCGAGGCCAUUCGGGAGUCCAGCGGUUUGGUAAAGAUGGGACUGGAAGUUCCAAAGCAGGCUUUGCACUUCCUCAAGUCGGAGCUGAAAUUAAAGGACUUUCACCAUAGACUUCAGGCCAUUUUGACUGACUACAAGUUCACAUGUGACAACAUACCUUCGGACUUUAACAACUUGAUUACGUCGAAGACCACCCAAAUUGAGUCUCUCCUCCGCUAUGGCUCAGUCAUGGUCACAUGGUCGUCCCUCCUCCUGGACAAGUACUUUGACAAUAUCGACAAUGCCCUGUCUGAACUCAAAUCAAUCCUGAUCAAGGUGAAGGAUAUCUGCAAGUUCCACAUCGACGAUUACCUCAAAGACAUGUCAGAGUCUGUUCUGCUCGAGCUACCAGAGGAUUACUCCACUACAAUUCAGCCCUUGGUUGAAGUCAAUGAGAAUCUGUGCAAAGAGGGGUUACAGACACUGGAACUCCAGUGCAGUCACAUUAAAGAAGCGGUGAACGAGCUAGGAAAGGUGUUCAAUGCCAUUUAUAAGUCCAAGCAAGUCAGCAAGCCCACGGACGGACUCAGUUCGGCUCAAAAGGAGACUCAAAAGACCCCUGAUGGUGUGGAAGCGGCUGCCUCAGAAGGUCAAGAGAAGUACAAAGCAACACGCUUUGAAAAGGACUUCACAAAACAAUACGACUCCUUCGGUGCACGAGUGUUGGAUGCGCUGGUGGAAACAACCAAGUUAUCCCUGAAGACCCUGGAAAGGCGAAUCUGUGGCCCCGACUCUUUCCAGAAAGCAAGGUCUGACAUUUCUUUGGUGCCCAUAAUCAAAUCAGAAGUCCACUUGGAAGCACCCAAUGUGGUGAUGAUCCCCAGUGUAGACCAGAUCCACCACGCGAUAGUAGAAAUCAUUGAUUUUGUCUUGGAAGUGACCAAGGGGAUUCAAUGUUGGGAGGUGGAGUACAGGCAAGACAACACAGCUUCUGAAGGGCGUGAGAAGAUUGAUUUCUACAGCCGAGUCGUCAAGCACGAGGAUAUCAAGGUUGUCAUUUUUACCUUGAAGUCCACCUUAAAGUCACAAAAAGAACAAGCUGCACAUCUGCUGGAGCGCUUCAAGAAGUUCAAGGAGCUCUGGGCGGAGGACAAGGAGAAGCAAAUAAAGGCAUUCAUGGACAGCAAACCAUCCUUGAUGCAGAUCAAAACUAAACUGCAGCACUACGACUUUUUUGAAAACCAAAUUGAGGAAAUUAAGGACGUCCUUAUCGUGGGGAUGAUUGAACUGUCAACAGAUGCGUUAAAGACCUCCCUCAAAGAGGAGGCCAAGGCUUGGAAGUGUGAACUGUGCAAAUGCCUGAGGAAGGAGUGCAGGAGGAACAUCAUAACCAUCAGCUUGCACACGCACAAAAGCUUCACGCAACUCGUGCAUCCUGUGGUCAAUCUGGACGACGUGCGCUGUUCCAUGAAGACGCUGAGCGAUCUCCGGGAUUCGGAAAUCAACACCGACAUCACGCUCAUUUCCACUCAGGACGCCUACGAAGUUCUGAUCCUUUACGAGGCUGAAAUGACUGAGAAGGAGCCAGGAGAGGUGUUCGGGUUGAGCCGCUUCUUCACAAGACUUUUGACUAAAGCUUUGUCCGUUCAGAACCAGCUGUUCUCUAUGCAGCCCACUCUCAAGCAAAGCCUCAUGGAGCGCGUGGCCGUUUUUGAAAACGACGUGGGCUCUUUUAUGGAUGACUAUGAUGUGGAAGGCCCCAUGGGUGAGGGAAUUGCACCCAAAGAGGCCAGUCGCAGACUCCAGUGCUUCCAGUCCAGGUUUGCUGAGCUGUGGAGAAAUUUUACCACUUACAAUUCUGGCGAGCAGCUUCUGGGCCUGCCCGUCUCAAACUAUGACUGUCUUCACAAUAAAAAGAAAGAGCUGGAUCUGCUCCAGAAGCUCUACGGCCUCUAUGACACUGUGAUGAGCAACAUCAGCAACCACUCCAAGCUCUUGUGGACAGAAGUGGAUAUUGAGAAGAUCAAUAAUGAACUUAUGGACUUUCAGAACAGGUGCCGACGCCUGCCCAAGGGUCUGAAAGAAUGGCAAGCCUUCCUGGACUUGAAAAAGACCAUCGACGACUUCAACGAGCUGUGCCCUUUGCUUGAGAUGAUGACAAACAAGUCCAUGAUCACGAGGCACUGGGAUAUGAUCUCCAACCUGACCGGCCACAAGUUUGAGGUGGAGUCAAGUACCUGCAAGCUGGAAGACAUCACCAAGGCACCCCUGUUGAAGUACAAGGAUGACAUUGAGGACAUCUGCAUAUCGGCGGUGAAAGAGCGGGACAUUGAAGCCAAGUUGACGGCCGUGAAGGCGGUGUGGUUUGACCAAAACCUGACCCUGAAUGACUUCAAGGACAGGGGGGAACUCAUGCUGCGAGGCGGAGACACGACAGAGAUCCUGACCACUCUGGAGGACAGUCUAAUGGUGCUGGGAUCGCUGCUAAGCAACAGAUACUGCACCUAUUACAAAGCCGAGAUCCAGGACUGGGUCUCCAAGCUGUCCACAUCAACAGAUGUCAUCGAGCAGUGGGUCAUUGUGCAAAACCUGUGGAUUUACUUGGAGGCUGUGUUCGUUGGUGGCGACAUCGCCAAAGACCUGCCUCAGGAGGCGGAGCGCUUUCAGCAAAUCGACUCUACAUGGAUCGGGAUCAUGCAGCGAGCGCGGAAUGUUCCCAAUGUGGUGGAGUGCUGUGUCGGGGAUCCAAUGUUGGGAGAAAUUCUGCCAGAUCUUCAGAAACAACUGGAUUUCUGUCAAAAGUCUCUCACAGGGUACCUGGAGAAAAAACGUCUCCUGUUCCCACGAUUCUUCUUCGUGUCCGAUCCUUCCCUCUUGGAAAUCCUCGGGCAAGCCAGCGAUCCACACACAAUUCAGCCACAUCUUCUGGGAGUGUUUGACAACGUGAACGAGGCUGAGUUCGACGUCAAAGAAUACGACAAGAUUAUUGCUGUUCUUUCCCAGGAGGGGGAGAAAUUGAUGCUGGACAAACCGGUCAUGGCUCAGGGUGCAGUGGAGCUCUGGCUUGGGAAGUUGCUGGUGGAGCAGCAGUCUUCUCUCCACACUGUCAUCAAAGCUGCUGAAGACGUGAUCAAUGAUGAGGAGUUUGAGCUUAUACCUUUUCUCGACAAGUUCCAAGCCCAGGUGGGCCUGCUGGGAAUUCAAAUGCUCUGGACAAGGGAUUCAGAGGAGGCCCUGGAGAAUGCUGAAUUUAGCAAGGAGGUCAUGUUGUUCACCAAGAAGAAGAUGCUAAAUCUCCUGAGGACUCUCAUCAAGCAAACCACCUACGAUUUGACCAAGUUUGACAGGGUCAAGUACGAGACCCUCGUCACCAUCCACGUGCACCAGAGCGACAUCUUUGAAGAACUGGUGGCAAAGUCGGUGAAAUCCACCAGUGACUUUGAAUGGUUAAAGCAGAGCAGGUUUUACUACAAUGAUAGUAUAGACAAAAUCAUUGUGUCCAUCACCAACGUCGACUUCGUUUAUCAGAACGAGUUCCUGGGCUGUACUGACCGCUUGGUCAUCACCCCACUCACUGACAGGUGCUACAUUACACUGUCCCAGGCCCUGGGCAUGAGCAUGGGAGGAGCCCCCGCUGGGCCAGCCGGUACCGGAAAGACGGAAACCACGAAAGACAUGGGUCGCUGCCUGGGGAAGUACGUGGUGGUCUUCAACUGCUCCGACCAAAUGGACUUCAGGGGACUUGGCAGGAUUUACAAAGGUCUUGCACAGUCUGGCUCGUGGGGCUGCUUUGACGAAUUCAACAGAAUCGACUUACCGGUGUUAUCUGUGGCCGCUCAGCAAAUUUAUAUUGUGCUGGUUGCUCGAAAGACGCACAAAACUUCUUUUAUAUUCACGGACGGUGACCUUGUGGACCUGAAUCCAGAGUUUGGCCUUUUCAUCACCAUGAACCCUGGUUAUGCCGGUCGUCAGGAACUUCCUGAGAACUUGAAAGUGCAGUUCAGGACGGUGUCCAUGAUGGUGCCAGACAGGCAGAUCAUCAUGAGGGUCAAGCUGGCCAGUUGUGGUUUUAACGAGAAUGUUCUCUUGGCCCAGAAGUUCUACGUGCUUUAUAAACUGUGUGAAGAGCAGCUCACAAAACAGGUACACUACGACUUUGGACUGAGGAACAUCCUGUCCGUCUUGAGGACACUGGGAGCCAGCAAAAGGGCCCGACCCGAUGACUCAGAGUCCAGCACUGUCAUGAGAGUGCUCCGUGACAUGAAUCUGUCCAAGCUGGUGGAUGAGGACGAGCCUCUGUUCCUCAGUCUCAUCAACGACUUGUUCCCUGGCAUCAAGCUGGAUAACAGUACCUAUAAUGAACUACAAGCUGCUGUAAAGAAUCAAGUAGAGCUCGCUGCUUUGGUUAACCACCCCAACUGGAACUUGAAACUAGUUCAGCUUUAUGAAGCAUCACUGGUGCGGCACGGCCUCAUGACGCUGGGGCCCAGUGGGGCUGGCAAGACCGCCGUCAUCAACAUCCUCAUGCGAGCGCUGACUGAGUGUGGGACACCGCACAGGGAGAUGCGCAUGAACCCCAAGGCCAUUACCGCGCCACAGAUGUUUGGCCGCCUGGACGCUGCCACCAAUGACUGGACGGAUGGCAUCUUUUCCACUCUGUGGAGGAGGACCCUCAAAGGGAAGAAAGGGGAGAUCAUAUGGAUUGUGCUGGACGGCCCUGUGGACGCCAUUUGGAUUGAAAACCUCAACUCUGUGCUGGACGACAACAAGACCCUCACACUGGCCAACGGCGACCGUAUCACCAUGUCGCCGGCCUGCAAGCUGGUGUUUGAGGUUCACAACAUCGAGAACGCCUCCCCGGCCACCGUGUCCCGUGUCGGUAUGGUCUUCAUGAGCUCUUCAGCUCUCACCUGGGCACCCAUACUGAAGGGUUGGACAAACAAGCGUAGCGUUGACGAAGCGGAGCAGAUCAUUGCUCUGUAUGACAGGAUAUUUUGGGACGCUUAUACAUUCAUGAGGCUGAACCUGAAGCCUAAAAUGGCAUUUUUGGAGUGCAACUACAUCAUGCAGUCUGUCAAUAUACUGGAGGGCCUUAUCCCAACCAAGCAGAUGGGCGGCCUAGUAAACGAUAAACACCUGGAGCGCCUUUUUGUCUUCGGUCUAAUGUGGAGUCUGGGGGCCCUUUUGGAAUUGGACGACCGCGACAAACUGGAGGGUUGUCUCCGAGAACACGCCACCAACAUCGAUUUGCCUCGCACCAACGAGGGAGAGACCAUAUUUGAGUACAUGGUCGAUAGCAGUGGUCAAUGGUGUCACUGGAACGAACACGUGGGUGAGUAUGAAUAUCCAACAGACCACGUGCCGGACUACUCCUCCAUCCUUGUGCCCAACGUGGAUAACACAAGGACCGCGUUCUUGCUGGAAAUCAUUGCCAAACAAUUAAAGGCCGUCUUACUGAUUGGUGAACAAGGGACGGCCAAAACGGUGAUGAUCAAAAGCCAUGCCAAGAAAUUUGACCCCGAGACGGACCUGUUCAAGUCGCUAAACUUCUCAUCCGCCACGGAACCCAUAAUGUUUCAGCGCACGGUGGAGAGCUACAUCGAGAAAAGGGUCGGCAGCACCUACGGACCGCCUGGGGGCCGCAGGAUGUCAAUCUUUGUUGAUGACAUCAAUAUGCCUCUUGUCAACGAAUGGGGAGAUCAGAUCACCAACGAGAUUGUCCGCCAAAUGAUGGAAAUGGGCGGCAUGUACAACUUGGACAAGCCCGGCGACUUCAUCACAAUUGUGGACGUGCAAAUGCUGGCUGCCAUGAUCCACCCGGGCGGUGGGCGAAACGACAUCCCGCAGAGGCUCAAGAGGCAGUACACCGUCUUCAACUGCACGCUGCCUUCCAACACCUCCAUCGACAAAAUCUUUGGUAUAAUUGGCUGCGGCUAUUUCGACGAGUGCAGGAAGUUCAAGCCGCAAAUUACUGGUAUGGUGAAGAAGCUUGUGUCCGCUGGCAGGAUUGUAUGGCAGUGGACAAAAAUAAAGAUGCUGCCCACGCCCUCCAAGUUCCACUACAUCUUCAACUUGAGAGAUUUGUCCAGGAUCUGGCAGGGAAUGCUGAAGGUGGAGGCGGAACAGUGCAACGACUUUAAUACCCUCUUGGCACUAUUUAAGAGCGAAUGCACGCGGGUGGUCGCUGACAGGUUUAUUUGCCCCGAGGAUAAGGAGUGGUUUGAGAAUGCAAUAACCCGCGUGGUCAAAGAGCAUGUUGACCCGGGCCUCGUCGCAGACCUUCACACUGAUCCAUUCUUUGUUGACUUCCUGAGAGAGGCCCCCGAGCCGACUGGUGAGGAAGACGAAGGUGCCAGCUUUGAUGCCCCCAAAAUUUACGAGCUGGUGCCGUCUUAUGCGUUCCUGGAGGAGAAACUCAGGUUCUAUCAGGCCAAGCACAAUGACGAAGUGAGGGGUUCGGCGAUGGACUUGGUGUUCUUCACAGACGCCAUGACUCACCUGGUCAAGAUCUCGCGCAUCAUUCGCACGGACACCGGCAACGCCCUGUUGGUGGGCGUGGGAGGAUCGGGAAAGCAGAGUUUGACUCGUCUGUCCUCAUACAUAGCAGGAUACCAAGUCAACCAGAUCACACUGACCAAGUCUUAUAACAUAUCCAACUUCAUGGAGGACCUGAAAAAGUUGUACAAGUCAACAGGGGCCGAAGGCCGCGGCAACACCUUCCUUUUCACCGACAACGAAAUCAAACAGGAGGCCUUCUUGGAGUACCUCAACAACGUUCUGUCUUCCGGAGAGGUGUCCAACCUCUUCGCAAAAGACGAGAUCCAAGAGAUUACCCAAAAUCUGGUCCCUGUGAUGAAGAAAGAAUUCCCUCGCAUUCCGCCGACGUUUGACAACCUCUACGACUACUUCAUAUCACGUGCCCGGAAGAAUCUGCACGUUGUCCUCUGCUUCUCGCCGGUGGGACCAAAGUUCCGUUCCAGGUCCCUUAAAUUCCCGGGAUUGAUAUCCGGCUGCACCAUGGAUUGGUUCGCACCUUGGCCAGAGGAGGCGCUGGUGGCCGUGGCCCACCACUUCCUGUCAGAGUUCCCCAUUGUUUGCUCCAAAGAGGUGAAAGCCUCCAUGGUGACCACCAUGGGCGUGUACCACCGCAAAGUGUCCGAAACGUGCGAAAGCUACUUUGAAAGAUUCAGGAGAAGAACUCACGUCACCCCCAAGUCUUAUCUCUCAUUUAUAAAUGGCUAUAAAACGCUCUACCAUCAGAAUCACGAGCACAUUAACACACUAGCUGAACGCAUGAAUGUUGGGUUGAGUAAACUGGUGGAGGCUAGUGAGUCCGUGGCUAAGCUCUCCAAAGAGCUAGAAGUCAGUGAAAAAGAGUUGGUGGUGGCCUCUGCCAAAGCUGACAAGGUGUUAGCCGAGGUGAUGAUCAGCAAUGAUGCUGCCACCGUAAUAAAGAACGAAGUCCAGAUUGUGAGUGACAAAGCUCAGAAGAUCGUGGAAGAAAUCACGUUCGAGAAGGCCAUCGCCGAGGAGAAACUGGAGGCGGCCAAGCCGGCAUUGCUGGAGGCUGAAAAUGCCCUUAAUACUAUCAAGCCCGCUGACAUUGCCACCGUGAGGAAACUGGCCAAGCCUCCACACCUGAUCAUGAGGAUCAUGGACUGCUGCCUGCUGCUCUUCCAAAGGAAGCUAGAAACCAUCACAGUCGAUCCCAAUCUGCCCUGCCUCAAGCCGUCAUGGGGAGAUGCUCUAAGGCUGAUGGGCAGCACAGGCUUCUUGUCCAACCUCCAGCAAUUUGUCAAGGACAAAAUCAACGAGGAGAUGGUGGAGCUUUUACAGCCCUACUUUCAAGCGGAGGACUACACCAUGGAAAACGCCAAGAAAGUGUGCGGCAGCGUUGCCGGCCUGCUUGCCUGGACCAAGGCCAUGGCUACCUUCUAUGACAUCAACAAGGAAGUGCUGCCACUCAAGGCUAAUCUGGCGGUUCAGGAAGUGCGCUACAAAAAGGCCAGCGGUGAGCAAGCGGCUGCACAGGCCACCCUGGCGGAGAAGGAGGCGGAGCUCGCAAUAGUCCAGGCGAAGGCCGACGCCGCUAUGAAGGAAAAACAGGAACUUUUGGAUCGCUCACAGAUGUGCAAAAAUAAAAUGCAGGCCGCCUCCGACCUUAUCGGCGGGCUGAGUAACGAGAAGGUGCGGUGGACUCAGCAGAGUAAAGAAUUUAAAUCGCAGAUCAAAAGGCUAGUGGGUGACGUCCUACAGCUCACCGGCUUCCUGUCCUACUGCGGCCCUUUCAACCAGAAUUUCCGCGACAUGUUGUUGGACAUGUGGAAGAAUGAACUCCUGACCAAUAGUAUCCCCUUCACGGAAAACCUGAACCUGAUCUCUGCCUUGGUGGAUGCUCCUACAAUCAGCGAGUGGAACCUUCAGGGUCUGCCCGGAGACGACCUGUCAGUGCAAAAUGGCAUCAUUGUCACCAAAGCAGCCCGUUAUCCUCUCCUGGUCGACCCCCAGACUCAAGGAAAGACCUGGAUUACGGAAAAAGAAAAGGCCAAUUCCCUCCAGAGCACGUCUCUCAACCACAAGUUCUUCCGUACGCAUUUAGAGGACUCCAUAUCCUUGGGCAAGCCGCUGAUCAUUGAAGAUGUGGGCGAAGAGCUGGACCCUGCCCUGGACAAUAUUCUUGAGAAGAACUUCUUUAAAUCUGGAUCAAACUACAAGGUGAAAGUGGGAGACAAAGACGUGGACGUGUCGCCUAAUUUCCGGCUCUACAUCACCACUAAACUACCCAAUCCGUCCUACACGCCAGAGGUGAGCGCCAAGACGUCAAUCAUUGACUUCACCGUCAACAUGAAGGGCUUGGAGGACCAGCUUCUGGGUCGCGUCAUCCUCGCGGAGAAGAAGGAACUCGAGGCGGAGCGGUUAAAGCUAAUUGAGGACGUGACAUCCAACAAAAGGAAGAUGCAAGAGCUGGAGGACAACCUGCUGUACAAACUCAGCUCCACAAAAGGUUCCUUGGUGGACGAUGACUCCAUGAUCGGAAUCUUGAGCACCACCAAGCAAACGGCUGCCGAGGUCAGCGCGAAGCUGAACAUCGCCGCCGAGGCAGAGGAGAAGAUCAAGGCGGCUCAGUCGGAGUAUCGUCCGGUGGCGUGCCGAGGCAGCAUACUUUACUUCCUCAUCACGGAGAUGAGCAUGGUCAACGUCAUGUACCAGACCUCCCUGAGCCAGUUCCUCAAGAUUUUUGACAUUUCGCUGGCAAAGUCUGAGAAGUCGUCCAAAACGUCCAAACGAAUCCUCAACAUCAUCGAGUACUUGACUUACGAAGUGUUCAGGUACACAGUCAGAGGACUGUACGAGAACCACAAGUUCAUCUUCACGCUGCUGAUGGCCCUCAAGAUUGACCUGCAGAACGGGAAGAUACAACACAGCCAGUUUCAGAUUCUUAUUAAAGGUGGUGCUGCACUUGACCUUAAGGCGUGCCCCCCAAAACCCUUCACUUGGAUCCUGGACAUUGUGUGGCUGAACCUGGUGGAACUGAGCAAACUGCCACAGUUUGCAAACAUCCUCAAUCAGGUAUCUAAGAGUGGAAAGCAAUGGAAAAUAUGGGCCAGUGGUGAUGCGCCGGAGGAAUUGGUCCUUCCCGAUAACUUGAACUCCUUGGACGUCUUUAAUAAGCUCAUGCUGAUAAGGUCUUGGUGUCCUGAUCGCACCUUGAGUCAGGCCAGGAAGUACGUGGGGGACUCCAUGGGCGCCCGGUUUGCCGAGCCGGUGCUUUUGAACCUGCACGGCACGUGGGAGGAGAGCGACAUCCGCACGCCGCUAAUCUGCUUCCUGUCCAUGGGCUCCGAUCCGACCAACCAGAUUGAAGCCCUCGCAAAGAAACUAAGUCUAGGCUGUAAGUCUAUAUCCAUGGGUCAAGGACAAGAGGUGCAUGCAAGAAAACUUGUUAGCAUUUCAAUGGCAGAGGGCGGCUGGGUCCUUCUGCAGAACUGUCACUUGGGGCUGGAGUUCAUGGACGAAUUGCUGGAAACCGUCCUCUUCACCAAGACCGUCCACAAAACCUUCAGGGUGUGGGUCACCACGGAGCCUCACGACUACUUCUCCAUCACACUUCUGCAGUCGUCCAUCAAGUUCACCAACGAUCCGCCGCAGGGGCUUCGCGCCAGUUUAAAGCGAACCUUUGUAAGCAUUUCCCAGAACCAACUGGAGGUCAGCAACCUGCCUACGUGGAAGCCUCUGCUGUACGGCGUGGCUUUUCUCCACUCUGCCGUGCAGGAACGGCGCAAAUUUGGACCGCUGGGUUGGAACAUCCCAUACGAGUUCAACUCUGCUGAUUUCACCGCAAGUGUGGAGUUUGUGGAAAGACACCUGGAUGACUGCGGCCCCAGAAAGGAUGUGUCGUGGGUGACACUGCGCUACAUGCUAGCUGAAGUGCAGUAUGGAGGCAGAGUGACGGAUGACUACGACAAACGCCUACUGAAGUGUUUUGCUCGGGUGUGGUUCAGUAAGAAAAUGCUGGACCCAUCGUUCUGCUUCUACACGGAGUACCAAAUUCCAAUAUGUAAAACGAUUGAGGAGUACGUGGAUUACAUUCAGGGCUUGCCUGCCAUAGAUUCAACACAAGCGCUGGGGCUCCACCCCAACGCCGACAUUGUCUAUCAGAGGAACACGUCCGCUGAGGUGCUCGACACCAUCACAAACAUCCAGCCCAAAGAGAGCGGCGGUGGGUCAGGGGCCACCCGAGAGAGCAUCGUGUACAGCAUGGCCGAGGACAUGCUGGACAAGCUGCCCCCUGACUACAUACCUCAUGAGGUGAAAGCCAGGCUCAAGAAGAUGGGACCUUUCAAUCCCAUGAACAUCUUCCUACGCCAGGAAGUGGAUCGUAUGCAGAAGAUCAUCACCAUCGUGCGCUCCACUCUCCUGGAUCUCAAGCUGGCCAUCGAGGGCACCAUCAUCAUGAGUGAGACCCUGCGUGACGCCCUGGACAACAUCUUUGACGCCCGCGUACCAAACGUGUGGAGGAAACUCUCGUGGGAGUCCACCACGCUCGGUUUUUGGUUCACCGAGCUUCUAGACAGGAACAGACAGUUUCACCGCUGGGUGUUCGCCGGGCGACCCAGGACUUUUUGGAUGACAGGUUUUUUUAACCCACAAGGUUUCCUGACUGCUAUGAGGCAAGAGGUGACCAGGGCGAACAAAGGCUGGGCUUUAGACUCCGUCACCCUGGACAACAAAGUCCUGAAGAAGACCAAGGAGGAGAUCAAAGCUGACCCAGAUGAGGGCGUGUACGUUUACGGCCUCUUCCUGGAGGGCGCCGACUGGGACAAGAAGAACUCGUGUCUGACCGAGUCGGCGCCCAAAGUGCUGUUCACGCCUCUGCCCGUCAUUCACAUGUUUGCCAUCAACUCCACCGCCCCCCCUGACCCCAAGUACUACGUGUGCCCCGUUUACAAGAAACCCAAGCGCACAGACCUCAAUUACAUCACGGCGGUGGUUCUGGGGACCAUGUUGCCCCCCGACCACUGGAUCAUGAGAGGGGUCGCACUCCUCUGUGACAUCAAGUAGAAGCCAUCAUCAGGUUCUUUGCAGACACUUUUAAAUAAAGUUGAUAUCAAUUCAAUUUGUUGUGAGUGCAGGUUGCAGUUGUAUAGUACGUCUAGUCAGAUUUAUGUGGGUGUCCUUCAUAGUCCAUGGGCUUUCAAGGAGGGCUCCCCAAGUACAGUAGUUUGAUAAGAAAUUAAAAUAAAAAACUGUUAAAGUACCAGUAGAGUGAAAAAACAAGUUGACUUUAUAUUAGGGAUGAAAUUAUCGGUAUCGGUUUUUUU